GUUAGCUUCCUCUAUAACAGACUUUAGACUAUCUUCCUUAAACUGCUUAUUUUACGCACUUAGCAACUAACGAUCCUUUUCUAAUGACAUAUAUUUUCAAGACUUGACGAGUAUAUUUAGAUUUCUCACAUGGCUUAUUUUGGAGACACUCUCAGCAGUUGUAGUUAAAUAUACAGCCCGGCCAAAAAUUUGCUUACCUAGAUAGGAAAACAAUGAGAACCCGGUCAACUUCACCUCCAGUUCAUGUGCAUGUUACCGAAGACACACCAGUCCAUGUGCAUGUGAAAAGUCCAGUCAGGACACCUCAGGGGAAGAACAAACAGGACAGGGGAAUCCUUCGUCCUACAGCAAAAGUUAAAACCCGAGUGCCAUGGAUUCCCCCGGGAAAAGGUUCAAUACGAGACUGUGCCUUCAAGUGGGAGGGGCCUACACAUCGCUUAGAGAUCACACCACAGCCCCCUGAACCUGAACCAGAACCAGAACAUUCUCAAUCUGUGCUGCGAUUGGCUGACCUCACAUCGGAGGAGGAGGAAGGACUUCAUGGACGUAUCAGCCAGUAUGAGAGGAAGAUCGACAGCUUAUUGACUGAAGUCAGCUCUCUGAAGAAUGAAGUUGAGCUGCGGAAGAAGGAGCAGCUGCUGGAGCGUCAGUCAGAGCAGCUGAGUGUCUCCCAGCGGGUGAUUGCUGAGCAGGAGGAGGAGCUGGCAGAGGUGACCAAGGAGCUGGAGGAGACAGAACGGGAGAACACACUGUUACGUCAGUCCAUGGAGAAGAUGUUGGAGGAGACCGACUACAACAGAUCAGACUGUCUCCAACAGGACAAAGAUGCUCUGCUCAGAAAACUGAUGGAGGCAGAGGUGGACGGGAUUGCAGCUUCUAAGCAAGUCUCAGCACUGCGGGAAUCUGUUUCCAAAAUGGGUGCCACUGGUGGCAGUAGGCUGUCUGGCUCCGAGUCCUCAGUCCUGGCCCGACAGAAGGAGCUGCUGCUGCAGAAACUUGAGACUUUUGAGGCCACAAACAGAACUCUGCGGCAUCUCCUUAGAGAGCAGCAGGGAUGCCAGAUGGACUCGGUGCGACUUUCUGAGCAGAAGGACACACUGCUGAAGAGACUGGCGGACACAGAGGCAGAGAAUGCUCAUUUUGUGGUGAAGCUUCAAGAGAAAGAGAAAGAGGUUAAUGAGCUCGCCAAACUUUUAGAUACUGAAAAGGAAAAUGCAAAGAGCACAUGUGAUUUGUCCAAGAGUCUGGAGUCAACAAGAGCUCAUUUACAGGGACAACUCCGCAGCAAAGAAGCAGAAAACAAUCGUCUCACUGUGCAGAUAAAGAACCUGGAGCGAUCAGCCAAUCAGCAGAAGGCAGAGAUGGAACACCUGAUGGAGCAGCUGACAAGGCUGAGGCAGCAGACCAGUGCAGACAGAGAGGCUCUGAAACGAGCCACAAGGGCCCAGAAACACAGAGCUGAGCGCAGCGAGGACACCGCAGGCCAGCUGAGCAUCCAACUGCUGGAAAUGGAGAAGCAGGUGGCUGAAGCCUUGUCAACAGCUGAGAACUGGCAAAGUCGGCAUGUCCAAGAAGUGAGAGACAAGAAUAAACUAGAGAUUGAACUGUCAGUGUUGAACAGCCGAAUAGCAGAGCUGUCAGAGCAGCAGAAGAGCACUGAGGAUAAAGGGCGUGCAGACAGAGACUCCCUGGUGCAUCACCUACAUGAAUUAACCACCGAGAACACUGCUGCCAAACUGGAGAACCAGUCCCUCAAGGCAACCGUGUCAGCUGUGGAGGACAAGCUGGCCUUGUCUCAUUCAGAGCUCCAGCAGGUCAAAGUCUCCAUCAAGCAAUAUGAAAGCCUGCUGGACAGCUAUAAGAUCCAGGUUGGAAAAACCCGGGCUGAAGCCGAUCAGUACUGUGCUCGACUGGCUCAGGCUGAGCAGGACGCCCAGACCAUGCGGGGUGAACUGGACCAGGAGAUUGAGCAGGUUCGCAGGGAGCUGCUGGGGAGGCUUGCAGAGCUGGAGCCUCUACCUGAAGCCUUACGACGAUCUGAACUCCAGCUGCAUGAGGCCCAUGAGCGGGAGCGAAGCCAGGAGAGGCGCAGCAUAGAGCUCAGCACGACCCUGACUGACCUCCGCAUGAAGGUGGAGGCUCAGGGCAGCCAAAUGGAGCUCCUCAAACAGAAGAACAAGGUGUUGCUUGAGGAGAACAGACAGCUUCAGCAGCAGGUGGAGAGUUUGGAACGAAAACUGGAGGAGGCUAGCAGUCAGAACAGUGACCUACUGGCAGUCGUCACCAAACGGGACGAUGCCAUCCGUAACAAUCAGCUUCAUCUGGAAGAGAAAAACAGAGAAUGUACCCUGCUAAACAGAAAACUAGAGGAAGCUCUGGAUGAUGCUCGCCAACAAAUCUCUGAGACCAGAGAACGUGCUGUAGCCAAAGAACGCACCACCCAGUCCAAGAUACUGGAAAUGGAGACACAACUCAGCAGGACUACCUCAGAAAUCAAUCAGCUCCGACGCAGCAAGGAGGAGACGGAGCGGCGGUACCAAAGUCGACUGCAGGAUGUUAAGGAUCGCCUGGAGCAGUCGGACAGCACCAACCGAAGCUUGCAAAACUACGUGCAGUUCCUCAAAGCGUCCUACACCAAUGUGUUUGGAGAUGUGACCCUGAGUAGCUCACUGCGUGCACCGUCACCCCUCUGACCUCCAGUCUGUCAAACAGUGUCAAACAGCACCAUGGUGUGUGCCUGUUACUUUUAACCUUGAAAACAGGGAGAAACAAUGUGGACGACUGAAAGUAGAUUAGACAUAGAUAUUCACCUAUCAAGUCUCCUUCACUUUUAUUACUUUGAUGAUCUUUUAACAUUUUUAUUUGAGACUGCUUUGUAAGUUAUUUGAUGUGAAUGUUACAGAGAACAGAUGAGCACUUCAUAACUGAUUCAACCAUAAAGCAUAUUACAUAACUGACAUGUGAGACUGAUCAUUAAGAGAAGGAUGAAAUGCAAAAUGCAUACAAUCAGCAAACAAUACAAUUAAAAAAAACUGUAAGAAGACUUGCCUUACAACGUUCUAACUUGAGAACAUUUGUGGUGCACACAAACUGCACAAAUCACUUGUCACCACAGCCUUUCAUGUAACCUCCUCACUCUGUCUCUGGCUACUGCUUAUUAUUCCAUCUUCUCAAUGUUCAUUGUCACUGAUAAUGUCUUUUACAGCCAGUUUCCUACUUUAUUUAAAACUGUGUUACAGUGUUUACUUUAAAACUAUACGAAUAUGUGUUGUGACAAGGUGGCUGCCCAAAAAGCUGCUGAGUGUCUUCCAGUUUGCCAUCACAGAAUGUAUAAUUAUCAUUAGUUUAUUAUGAACAAAUUUGACAUGUUUUAUUAAUCCACUAAAUACAGAGGUGUUGUAUACUGAGAUGGUUUUAUACUAGAUAAGCCAUUCAAUUCACAUCAUAUUUUAAAAUAUGUGCAUUCUUUAUUCAUAUGGUUUUGAAAAUAUUGGUGCUUAUGCCGUCCUUUAGCUGGUCCAAGACAGCCAAAGUGUUACUAUUUUUCAUAUGAACAUAAUAUUGUUAUGCAAAGUCUUUCAUACAGCAAUAGAAAUGGAAUCUGUCACCCAUGUGCUUUUCAAAUUUGUUUCAGAAUAUAUUUAAUAAAUUAAUAUUUUAUAUCCUUUGUGAAUAGCUUGGAGAACCAAUAAAGAAAAAAGUUAUUCAUGAUACA